CUGAUUCAUUUUUCGCUUCCCCCGAUCAGAACCAGCAUGACGAAGUCAAGAAACAACUGAUUGAUUUGCAGCUGCAGCACAACGUGCUGAAACUGGAGCAUCGCAAAAUCGUGGAGACCCACAACCAAAAAUAUGCCCAGCUGCAGCGGGAGAAGGAGAGUGAGGUCUUGGCUUUGCAGGAUACAGUUUACAAGCUGAGAGAAGAAAGCAAACUGCUUCGGAAGGCUCACCAGGAGAUCCAUUCACAACUUCUCAAUGCUCACGUUCAGAUGGAAGAGUUCAGGCAGCUCAAGGAAACCCUUCAAAAGAUGCCAAGUUUCAAGGAGAUGGCGGGGAUGAAAGGGCAGCAGAAGCCCCCCAUGCCAGCACUUGCCCCACUGCCAACUGUUAAGCCAAAGGUGGGGUACCCACUUCCCUUCCUGUGUAUACACAGAUUUCCAUUUCAGGACCACCCGCCAUAA